CUUCGGGUUAUCUCCAAUAGUGUUAGAAAAGUGUUAACUCCAGUUUUCGUAGUUGCGCAGUAGUUCUGGUUAAAAUGGUGCACGAAAAUCAAAUUAUGUUAACGUUGGGCGCGCUUUUGGCAUUGUCAUGGAAUGCAUCAGCGUUUUGGUUCGGCACCGAGGAACCCAAACCCUCUAGUCCCAGAGUUCUCUAUUCGCCACCCUCGUAUUACCAAAACUACGCACCGCCGCCUUUGCCUUAUAUUCCGAUGCAAGUGCCGCUACCUGCAGCGAUGGCGCCCGCAGCAUUGCCACCCGCGACCGUCCAGAAUGUCCAACUCGUUCCCUGUUUAUGUCCCGUGACGCAGGAGAUCCGGGAAUACAGCUACGAGGGACAAGUGGUUGACGCAAACAGGAAAAUGCGUCAGUUUGCUCAAUCUAUCGGCGAAUACGGACAGAAUCCCGCAUCGACGGUGGUUGCUACGCAACAGAAGCGAUAAACGAUUUUAGACACGCCCAUAUAGCUACUAGGUAACGACUAUACAGGCUCCAAUGCGAGACAGGCGGCUAUGAGAUUUUUGACCAACAUUUUCCGCACACUUAACUCUAUGAAAAUGUAACGCUCAAAUCGAUCAUGAAAAAUUUUUGGCGUUGCUGCUAUCGUUUUCAUCAUACUUACUCAAUUUAUCUACUAGCUAUAUGGACUCGCGAAAUAAGUAUUUAUUAAAGUCCAGAACAGAUUGAUAUUCUCGUAAAUAUUAUUUUUUCAUUUACAUUAGUAUAUGGUCAUAGUUUUUAUUAUUUAUUUAUAAUGUUCGACUAAAAUUACUAACAAUAAUAUAACUGAUCCCUUUUCUCCUUGUGUCAUACACUCGUUUAUUUUACAUAUUACGUAGAUGUUCGAAGAAAUCCCCCAUUAUUGUUGUCUAUGGAAAGUAUAUAUUUUAGGUUAAAUUUCGGACGCCAUUGUCGCAUUAUUUUUGUAUUU